UACCCUUCUUUACUUUGGUGUUCAUUUGUUUUUGUUUGAAUCUGAGUUGUUUCUUGUGUUUGAUUCUUGUAAACAUUGAUGGGUUUUGCUUGAUUAUCCCAGAAACAUAGACAUUUUGGUUCAUUAGAUUUAUGUCUGUCAGUUUUAUGUUAUAAUGGUCUUGUUUAUGUUCUGUUAAUUUCUCAUAGAUUACAUAAUGCUGAUGACAUAUUAAGAAUCUUUUAUUAACUGGGUUGUCGGAUUUGAGUGUAAACAAUGUGGGCAUCAAAUUGCUUAGUAUUGUGUCAGAUCAAAUGCUUAAAUAUGAAUGUGAUCCAAAAGAUGAACAAUUUGAAUAUGGGAAUUGAUGCAAUGUUGUGUUUUUGACAGCAGACAAAUAGAAAAUGGCAGAAACCGAGGAUAUUCAGCCCCUUGUUUGUGACAAUGGUACCGGAAUGGUCAAGGCAGGGUUUGCUGGAGAUGAUGCUCCAAGAGCUGUGUUUCCCAGCAUUGUGGGACGCCCUCGCCACACGGGUGUGAUGGUUGGGAUGGGACAAAAGGAUGCCUAUGUAGGGGAUGAGGCUCAAUCAAAGAGAGGUAUUUUGACUUUGAAGUACCCGAUCGAGCAUGGUAUUGUUAGCAAUUGGGAUGAUAUGGAGAAGAUCUGGCAUCACACAUUCUACAACGAGCUCCGUGUGGCUCCAGAAGAGCAUCCAGUUCUCCUCACAGAAGCACCCCUUAACCCCAAGGCCAACCGUGAGAAGAUGACACAAAUUAUGUUUGAGACAUUCAACACUCCCGCUAUGUACGUUGCAAUUCAGGCUGUCCUUUCCCUGUAUGCUAGUGGACGUACAACUGGUAUUGUUCUUGACUCUGGAGAUGGUGUGAGUCACACAGUUCCUAUAUAUGAAGGGUAUGCCCUCCCACAUGCCAUCCUUCGUUUGGACCUGGCUGGUCGUGAUCUUACAGAUGCCCUCAUGAAAAUCUUGACUGAACGUGGUUACUCUUUCACCACUACUGCUGAGCGGGAAAUUGUCAGAGACAUGAAGGAGAAAUUAGCCUAUAUUGCUCUAGACUAUGAACAAGAACUGGAGACAUCAAAGACCAGCUCAUCUGUUGAGAAGAGUUAUGAAUUGCCUGAUGGGCAGGUAAUCACAAUUGGUGCUGAAAGAUUUCGAUGCCCUGAAGUCCUCUUCCAACCAUCCAUGAUUGGGAUGGAAGCUGCUGGUAUCCAUGAAACCACAUACAACUCUAUCAUGAAGUGCGAUGUUGAUAUCAGGAAGGAUCUCUAUGGCAACAUUGUUCUCUCUGGAGGCUCCACUAUGUUCCCCGGAAUUGCUGAUAGGAUGAGCAAAGAGAUUACAGCAUUAGCUCCAAGUAGCAUGAAAAUCAAGGUUGUAGCACCACCUGAGAGGAAAUACAGUGUCUGGAUAGGAGGCUCCAUUUUGGCAUCCCUCAGCACCUUCCAACAGAUGUGGAUUGCAAAGGCCGAGUAUGAUGAGUCUGGCCCCUCAAUUGUUCACAGGAAAUGCUUCUAAUUGCGCAAAGAGGCGGACAAAGAUUUCACACUUAAACAGAUUUUGUAUCACGAAAAGGCUUCUAUUCAAGUGGUUGUAGAAUUUCUAUUCCUAUUCAUUUUACAUUUUCAUUCAUGUUUAUUUCUCUAUGUUUGUUAUGUCGGGAUAUGAGCAUGGAGGCGAGCAAAAUAUGAUCAAUAUUCAAUUAUUUUGUUAC